UGACUUCAGUAUCCACCUUCAAUCGCUUUGCUAUUUUACAUUGAAGCUCGUGAUCUGUGUGAUCAGCUGAGAGUCAUAUGACUAUAUCAAAGAUCUCUGCAACAACAUCAUGGUUAUUUAGGUUCUGCAUCAGUGCUGUCUUCCCCACGCCCUUCAUUCCAGCUACUCCAAUGGUUUGUAUUUUGCUGCUUUUAAGCAGAUCUACAAUAUUUUCGAAUGCACUUUGGAGAGUCUUAUACCCCAUGAUUUCAGGAGCAUAAAAAACUUUUAAGAUUCGAUCCGGUGGUUUAUCAACUGUACAAUCCACAGAAUUUCCCUUCUCUACGAGUUGUUGAACGUCUUUAAGUCUUUUCUCAAUCUCUGGGGAUAGAGUUGGAUGCUUCCAAGACCAAGUUGAAGUUUCAUAUUUGGCAAUCAAAUGACGAGUUUCAGCAGCUACCUCAAACACCUUUGCAGACCAUAAGCGAUAAGCACUUGAGGUAUCUUUGUGUCUGUUUCCCUGAACUUCCUUCUCUUUAUCUUCUUUCAAUGCAAGUAGUCCUUGCAGUUCUUGCUUCAGAAGUUCAAAGUUCUCUCCCGAAUUUCUUACAGAUACCAACCUGCUUGCUAGGGCUUCUCCUCCAACCUGCUUUGCUACCUCUGUUGCCAAAUCUCCGAGAUUGGAAGCAAUGUUUCCGAAACCAGCCAUGAUGAUUAAAUGCCUAGAUCAAAUGGCACAAAAACAUAUGUUAAGCACACAACACUAGAACUUGAAUUAUCGUGGGAUUGUGAAAGAAGUGAAACAGAACACAAAACUUGAAUUAUCAUAGAGUAUUCUUAAUUCAAUUACAUACAUAUUAGAUAUAUGCCUCUGUCUAACAGCACAAACUUCUGGCAUAAUUGAUCAAAAGAAGAAAUUUCGGCAUAUGAAUUAUUGUGCACUCACAGUGUGAUUCAAUCAAAGUAGUUAUAGUGAGCAGUUAAGGUUAAAAUUUUUCAUAUAUAUACCUGACAAAUACGUUUAGCAAGAAAAAUGAUAAGCAGCUAUUCAAUUCUUAGCGGAAUACAGCUUGUUUAGAAUGAAUGAAACGAAAACACUUAACAUGGAUGAGUUAAACUUCUGAUUGCAUGUGAAGAACUUACGGUUACUGAAACAAACAAGCGCAGAAUGAGUUUGCCACGUUGAAGUAGUCUAGUGAAGCUUAGCCGAGAUCUAGAAUCCAGGUGCAGGUUCAGGUCCACUGCUACUUACAAAACGGAAACCAGAAGAAGAAAAUGGCGGAAGCAAUCACACGAUUACGGAAGAAUAUACCCUGUAGUAAUAAAAUUUUCCAAAAGAAGUGGUUAAAUGUUAACUCAAGUCAAGUCAACUUACCAGGUAGCUUCCGAGAAAUGUCAUUGAGUGCUUCAAAGGUUCGUAUUUUUCCACGGCUUCUCCUUAUUAUAUAUCAUUAGUCGUUCUCAUUGUUUUUUGAGUAGCUGGAGUAAGAAAUCGUGGACAUUUCUUUCUUCACUAUUUCACAUUGACUUGACUGAUGCGAGGACUCUAAAAUCCCUAACAAGUCUUCUUCUUGGCACUUGGUGAGUCUCUGGAGGGGAGAUCGUAAUCCUGAUUCCUAACUUCGAUGGCUUAGCUCGGAUCAGAAGAACAGCUCUUCAAUUCUAUUUGGUACACUUGCGUCUCACAUAUACUAGUAUUCUUCAUUUCUUUGUUACUGCUAGUUACUUAUGUUGCAGCAUUUAAUUAAUCCUUACAAGAAGAAAUAAAUCUUCUUAUGCCGAAUUCUUUUUCAAAUGAACUGAGAUGUAAUUUAGCGGAAGCCUUUGUACAUCACAGUCAUGCAAGUUAACAACCGGGUUAUAAUCUUUCAUAAUAUUUUAAAAUAUUUGUUCUAUUUAGAUAGUAUUAACUAUCUAGUCAGAUUAAUUUCUACUAUAUAAUAACAAAAAAGAGUCUAUGAUAAUAUUUCUUGUUGCUUGGCACUCCUUACAGGGCACUAGCAGAUACUAAGUUCCAACAUGAGCAAAGCAGGUGCUACUCCCAAAACAGAAUCUGAAGGGGCCUCGGCUUCUCAGAUUAGAACUUUGACGAGCUUGCAAUCAACAAUUUCCUCACUUGAAUUGAUAAAUAGUUUGAGGAGGAAGAGGGAUUUGAUGAGCCUCUUGUGUAGUUACCCGCUGGACAUGAGAGUGAUCUUUGAUGAUUUCAUAUCAAAGCCAUAUUGUGAGAGCAAGCUGCCGCUUAAACUAGAAGGACUUCUUCCAAAGGAGAUAAUAAGGGAUGCUGAAAAUGGUGAUAGGUCCGGCUCCAACUUCAUCUUCGGUGAUGCCAACUUGGACUUCAUUCCAGAAGCUAUUCUCGAUAUGGCUGCUGAUCUUGCUGUCCACCAACUCAUGGAAACAUUGAUUUCCAUUUGUAAAAGCAAAAAUCCAAAGCAUGCAAAAUGCAUCAGGUUAUCAACAAGAAGUGAUGUUGAAAAGAGAACAGUCAUGGAAAAAGUAACUGCAGCCUUGAAUGACAAGCAUCAUUCACUUGACAUUCUUAAUUCAUUUCAUGGACAUCUGACUAUUGAUGCCACCGGAUAUCCAACUUCAGAAGCAGAGAAGGAACUUAAGCAACAUAUCUGUCAACUACUUCAGCUUUCAACUAUUAAAUACGAUGACAUCUUGUGCACCCUACAGAUUGAAGACGAGAUGUCAAGAAGCAGGUAUCUAGUAAUUCUUGUAGAUAGGGAUGGUGAGGAAAUUGUUGAUCCACAAAAAGUGGGACUUUAUGGUACUCUACUGACAGGAGUUUUGGUACUCAUUACCACUGACUCACCAUCAUCUCAACAGGCUAAAGAAGGAGGAUUGAAGGAUGGGUUAGUGAACUUGGAAAUACGGACAAAAGAACAUUUGCUGCCAUGGGUGGUCUUCUGUGACACUGCGGGGAAGGAGUUUGUAUAUUCAUCAGAUGCCAUCCUGACAACUGCAGUGCGCAUAGUUGAGGAGUGUCGUAGCCACCUUCAUGCAAUUCUCCUCGUGGCAAAGUGGUUGAAGAAUCAUCAAGAUGUCAGAAUGUGGGAACUUGCUCUCCACAAAUUACAAUUUACUAAUCCUUCACACGAUGUCAUCAAUUUUCAUGGUUUGAACAGCAUCAUGAUAAACACAUUCCUAAACUUAAUAUGGGAUGGCAUGAAUAAGACACAACAGAAUUGCCUCCUGAGCUGUUCAGGCAUUCCCAAAAUUAGAGAUGGCAUAGUUGAUCAUGAAUUGAUGAAUCACUGGAUGUCUUCUCUUUUUGUGGAUGCGGGAGAAACAGAAAAGAACCUAAGACAGCUAGUGGAAAAUUCCAUCUUUCUUCAAUUCGACGGUGUUGGAGGCAGGUAUAUUUGGUUACCAGAAGAAACCUAUCAAAUGUUAGAAUGGAUAUACACCUUAUACCCAUUGUUCAUAGAGAAAUCGAACCUAGGAUUGACUGAACCACCCAACACUGACAAAUGGCAUAAUGCUGUACGAAUUGAAUUAGCAGGCAAUAAAAUCUCUGAGCUACCAGAGUCCCCAGAUUGUCUGCAACUCAAAGUUUUGAUGCUGCAUCGCAAUGCUGAUUUGACAAAAAUACCAUCUUCAUUUUUUUAUCACAUGCCUCUGCUUUGCAUCCUGAACUUAUCCUACACUAGUGUAAGAGAACUGCCAUGUUCCUUGUUCUUUCUGGAGCAGCUUAGAGAACUAUAUCUGAAAGGUUGUGAAUGCUUCAUGAAAUUGCCACCUGAAAUCGGAAAUUUGGAGAAGCUUGAGAAGCUUGAUCUUGAUGAGACUCAGAUCACACAUCUGCCAAAAGAGGUCCAGAAGUUGACCAAUAUUCAAAGCUUGACCCUCUGCUUUUAUGAAUAUCAUGUUAAGAAGAACAUGCCAUAUUCCUGCUCAAUGAUUAUUCCUUCUGGCGUGCUAUCUAAACUCAACAGGUUGGAACAUUUGUGUAUUGGUGUAAACCCUGAUGAUGCGCGGUGGAAUAAAAAUAUGCAAGUCAUUCUACCAGAAAUAUUGGGAUUAGAGUGUUUGCAAACUCUCAGCAUUUAUAUCCCACAACUGGAACUUUUGAAGCUCAUACCAGCCCGCAUUUUUGAACUUGAUUUCAGGUUCAUUGUUGGUUGUCAUAUGCAGCGGAUUAUAUCAAGCAUACCACCUGCCACUGAUGUGGAAUUUAAACAAAGUGACUGCAGCUUAAAAUUUGUAAAACGUGAGGGUGUCACAGAUGAAAUCAAAAUGCUUCUUAGACACAGCAAAGCUCUUUUCUUGGAUCGGCAUUUCACCUUAAAGAGUCUAACUGAAUUUGAAAUGAAAAAUUUAGAGCAACUACGUGUGUGCAUAUUGGCAGAAUGCAAAGAAAUGCAAACAAUUGGUGGAGGAGGUGACUUAGAUGAUAAUAUUGAUAUGCUUCCGCAUCUGCUAUUCUUAAGUAUAUUCCAGAUGAAGAAUCUAAGAAGCAUCUGGGAAGGCUCAACUCCUCCUCACUGCUUAUUUGGUAUGUUGCAGUCUUUGUCAUUGCAAAGUUGUCCCAAGUUAACGACUCUCUUCUCUUUGGAUUUUCUGGGAAAUCUUUCUUUGUUGAAGGAGCUCAUGGUGAAAGACUGUCCCAAAUUAAGUACACUAAUAAGCUAUAAGCCUUUUUCUUAUACAUGUAACCCCAGUGCCGAUACUUUCCUCCCUAAAUUGAGCAAGUUAUGGCUUCUCCAUCUUCCUGAAUUGACCAGCAUUUCGAGUGGGUUGGGCAUUGGACCUGGUUUAAAAGAAGUAGGAUUUUAUGGUUGCCCAAAGAUGCGUAAUCUUUCAAGGAAGGAAUUGGUAAGCAGAGCACUAACUGUAAUCAAGGGACAAACAAACUGGUGGAAGGCGCUAGAAGGUCGACCGUCUACAUUUGAUCAGGUUUUUUCCCCAAUCCAUGAAGAGGCGGACUUGAUGACUCAAUUAGGUACGCCAUUACAGCACACGGGGUUUGCAACUCCAGCAUCAAAUUCACCAGCUUCAAGUGGCAAGGGCCUCAAAAACAAGAAGGAUCCCAGGUUCUCCAACCUUAGAAUAUCAAUACCUAAACUCCGAUCUGCCGUUCUUUCAAAUAAAUUCUCCAGAGAGAUUCGAUACAGAGGGAUUUUGGAGAGGCCCUGGGGCCGUUACACGUCCCAGGUUUGCGAACCUGGCAAGAACAGCAUCUGGCUCGGCACCUUUGACCCUGCUGAAGAGGCCGCAGGUGCCGACGACGCAACAGCACGUGAGUUCCCCGGCCAUAAGGCCAAAACCAAUUUCCCCAGCCAGAGUAGUAUCCUCUACUCCAACACCUUCGAUGCCGCCGAGGAAUCUGCAAAUUCUGCAAAUGUUACUCAUCCCUAUGACAAGGCGACACGUGAGUUCAUGAAUCUUUACACAUCCCUAUGACAUGGCGACACGUGAGUUCAUGAAUCUUCAGCGGUAUGCUUUUCAAGUGAACUGAGCCAUGGCAAAAGAUAAGGUGCUGGAGAUGAUUGUCUCCUGAAUCAUUAGGAAAUGAAUCAUGGCAAAUGUUGUAAUGAUAUAUCUCUUAAGGGAUAACUACAUUACUGAAGCUUAGAGAUUAAGCAGUAUCAUUCAUAAACCUAACUACUAGCUGGUAUAUCAGAUCCAUACAUGAUGAAAGUAAUGGAUUUUCCAUGCAUCAUGAACAUUAAAUCUUUGGAAUUUCCACUGGUGGCUGAAUCAUGAAUUCUCAGCAUAUCAAUUUUGGGACAACAAUUCUGAUCCAAUUUCUAUAUCAGCAAUAUAUAAGUGAACAUAAUAAAAUCUGGCUAAAGGAGAAGUAUCUUAUAUUCUUAUUGCAAGAUUUACUUGAGUACAUUUCAAUAAGAGCGGUGUUACUGCUACUGUUAUGCUUUACGAAGGAUGAACCUUGCCGGAAGAGAGUCCCUUCCAAGC